AGUGUACGAGGCGGGUUCUCAGUGGUGCGGCCGGCGGGAGGCUAUGGCGGCCGUACGGGGCCUGCGAGUGUCGGUGAAGGCAGAGGCCCCGGCGGGGCCGGCUCUAGGGCUCCCGUCGCCUGAAGCGGACUCUGGUUUGGAGCGUGGCGAGCCGGAGCCCAUGGAAGUGGAGGAGGGCGAGCUGGAGAUUGUGCCGGUGCGGCGCUCGCUGAAAGAACUGAUCCCGGACACAAGCAGAAGGUAUGAAAACAAGGCUGGCAGCUUCAUCACCGGAAUUGAUGUCACCUCCAAGGAAGCAAUUGAAAAGAAAGAACAGCGAGCCAAGCGCUUCCAUUUUCGAUCAGAAGUAAAUCUUGCCCAAAGAAAUGUAGCCUUGGACCGAGACAUGAUGAAGAAAGCAAUCCCCAAAGUAAGACUGGAGACAAUCUACAUUUGUGGAGUAGAUGAGAUGAGUACCCAGGAUAUCUUUUCCUAUUUUAAAGAAUAUCCUCCUGCUCACAUUGAAUGGUUGGAUGAUACCUCCUGCAAUGUGGUUUGGCUGGAUGAAAUGACAGCCACACGAGCCCUUAUCAAUAUGAGCUCUCUGCCAGCCCUGGAUAAGAUAAGAACCAGGGAUGCCAAUGAGGACAGGUCAUCUGAGAAAAGUAAAAAAGACAAGCAGGAGGACAGUUCAGAUGAUGAUGAGGCUGAAGAAGGAGAAGUUGAAGAUGAGAACUCAAGUGAUAUAGAGUUGGACACAUUGUCUCAAGUAGAAGAAGAGUCUCUGCUAAGAAAUGAUCUUCGUCCAGCCAACAAACUUGCUAAAGGAAAUAGGUUAUUCAUGAGAUUUGCUACAAAAGAUGACAAAAAGGAACUUGGAGCAGCCAGAAGAAGUCAGUAUUAUAUGAAAUAUGGGAAUCCAAAUUAUGGAGGCAUGAAAGGAAUUCUUAGUAAUUCUUGGAAGCGAAGAUAUCAUUCCCGUCGCAUUCAGCGGGAUGUGAUCAAGAAGAGAGCCCUGAUUGGGGAUGACGUUGGCUUGACAUCCUAUAAACACCGACAUUCCGGACUAGUAAAUGUUCCAGAGGAACCCAUUGAAGAGGAAGAAGAGGAGGAAGAAGAGGAGGACCAGGACAUGGAUGCAGAUGACAGGGUGGUGGUGGAGUACCAUGAGGAGCUCCCAGCUCUCAAGCAGACCCGGGAACGGAGCACAUCUAGGCAGUCCAGUGCCAGCAGUUCAGACUCCGAUGAAAUGGACUAUGAUCUAGAACUGAAAAUGAUUUCCACUCCUUCACCAAAGAAAAGCAUGAAAAUGACCAUGUAUGCUGAUGAAGUGGAAUCUCAGUUGAAAAAUAUUAGGAACUCCAUGAGGGCAGAUACUAUAUCCACAAGCAAUAUCAAAAAUCGAAUUGGUAACAAAUUACCAACUGAGAAGUUUGUAGAUGUCCGACAUCUGUUAGAUGAAAAACGUCAGCACACACGUCCACGGCCACCAGGCAGCAAUGCUAAGUCAGAUAUACGCCAGCGGUUAGGAAAAAGACCGUAUUCUCCAGAAAAGGCUUUUAGUAGUAAUCCAGUUUUUCGGAGAGAGCCUUUUUCUGAUGUACAUAGUAGGCUGGGUGUUCCCAGACAAGAUGUUAAAGGCCUCUACUCUGAUACACGGGAGAAGAAAUCAGGUAGUUUAUGGACGCGCUUAGGAUCUGCACCCAAGACCAAAGAAAAGAACACAAAGAAGGUGGAUCACAGGGCGCCAGGCACUGAGGAAGAUGACUCUGAGCUGCAAAGGGCAUGGGGGGCUCUGAUAAAGGAGAAAGAACAGUCUCGCCAAAAGAAGAGCCGCUGUUACCAGCACCCUUUUCCCAAGAAAAGUCAAUUCCCAGGUGCUUAUUGGACAGCCUUCGAGGGGGAAGAUGAGGGAAGCUGCCAGCUCACCCUUCCGGGACCCUAGUGUGGGGGCCGAAUCUCAUGGACCUGACCUCAGAGGUGCACCAGUGCCGCCCAGGUAGAUAAGAGAUGCAGCAUCGAUCGUGCUUCCGUUCCUCCCUGGGGAUUUCUGUUACGGGCCUCUUAGCAAUCAGCUUGAAGUGAAGAUCAAGUUCAGUGCUGUGGGAUUUUUAGGAACAAAAAACUGUGACUUCUGGAUUUGGGGUGGAUUUUUGUGCUAGGGGUGGGGUCAUGGGUUAAUGUUGAACAAUUUUUAAGUCUGUAUUAUGUUUAAAAAUAUUAAUGAUUUAAAAGUUUAAAUUUUUAAUUUUUAUAUGUGAAAAUACUUCCUGUUGGCUACAAGGGAAGCUCAAGUGGUGUCUUAUGUGUGCUGUUAAAUAUAUAUUAUAUACUUUGGAAGACGGCAAGGAGAGGAGUCUCAUUAUUUUUAAAUGAUCCUAAUUGUAUAGUCUGUCUGUUGUAUAUAGUGUUCAGACUUGCUUUUUGGCCACUGUAGGAAAAAAAAUCCAUCCAUCUGAGAUGGGGUCCUGUUGUUUAUUAUCACUUCAGAAGUGAUACAUUAGUAUUUAUUCUUUGUAUUUCCAAGUUCUGGCACCUGAAGAUAAUUUUAAAACUGCCAAAUAAGAUAAUAGUUACAGAGAUUUUAGUUUAUUUCUCAUUUACUUCUAAACUCCUUUCAGAUUAUUUUAAAGGCAGUAGAUUAUUUUGUCUUCCUAUUUGAUCUUUAUUUUGAAGUAUUUAAUGUUUGUAUUCUUCUGCAGGCUUAAAAAUAGUGUUUCACUUCAGUUCACUAGAACUUAAGAAUUAGAGUAAGCCCUUGUCCUGUUGUGAUUAUCACAACUCCUCACCUGUCUGGAGUGUUUCAGUACCUGGUUUAGUCCUGGAUUCUAAGGAUCUUUGCUUGUGGCAUUGAGAGUUGAUUACAGUGUGGUGUGAUUGAAUGCAGAACACUGCUGCUAAUAAAGGAAGGAAAGGGCUGCGGGACUUGAGAGGUGCAGCAACUGUACUGUACCAUGUUUUGUUGGUUAACCUGCUUUUCACUCCCUUUGGAAAGAUUAGAGGCUGUAACUAUGGUAUGUUUCCUCUUCUGGAGUGGAUUCUUGGAGAGAGAUGGUUCUCUGCCAGUUGAGACCUAAUGUUUCUGAGGUUCCUCCCUUUUUUGUUCUGUGGAGCAUACAGCUGAGAGCCAGAUUCUUGAGACGGGGCAAGGUUUGGGGACUUGGUAGAGUGAGAAGAACAAGGACCUGAGAGUCAGAGACCUGGAUGCCAACCCCUGGUUUCUGUUCCAUCUGUCCCAUCUGGCAAAUGAAUGGGCUGGUACCAGAGCUUCUGACUUUGUUGGUGCAUCUCAGUGGUGUUUUACUCUUCCUGAAGCAAUGGUUGUGGUGGGCUGGCCAGCACUGGUUUCUCUUGCAUGUGUGGGGAGGGUCAAGAAGGGCAUGCGUGAGGUUUUGGGCAGGGAUUCAUCCCUAUCCCAUUUCCAUUACAGUCUCUGGGUCUUCUAGUGGGACAGAAAUAUCCUUGUGGUCAGGGUCCUAACUGAUGUGGUCUCAGCAGUAUUUUAAAAAAGCCCUUCUUCUGUGUUUGCCAGUCAUGACCUUUUCCACCAGUAGUUUGGGCCCAUCUAUCCCAUGGUCUAAUAGCCCUUGCCAGUCUCUUGCUAGAGAUCAGGGAAUGCUUUCUGGAAAGGUGGUGGUAUGUAGUCAAAACUGGGCCUUUGAUCUAACCAAGAAAAAUGCCUGCUUGGGCAGCCUUGCAAUUCUCACAAAUAUACAGACCCCAGAAAAGUAUCUUAGAAAAUUUUACUUCCCCAAGUUAUUGUUGGCCACCUCCUCUCUUGCUCUCUGGCCCACACUCAGGCACUCACAUCUUGCAACAUCUUACACGUGCUCUGAAUGCCCAGGCCCUUUCUUUGGAGUUUGGGAGUGAGGGUGGACUGUCAGGAUGGUCCCUAAGUGGCAGCUCAUUGUGCCUCGGUCCUCAUGUAUGUGGGCUUCAGGGCUACACACUUUUCUAUAUUCUUCUUAGUCUUUAUGCAUAAGAGAUUGCAAAUACAUUUUUGCUGCUUCAUAGUAAUUUCAGAUACCUCAUUUCUGUUUCCUACUAUCCCUCUUGGGAGAGACGCCAGCUACCCAGGAGAACUUGUGGAGCUUGUGACAAGCCCUCCUCUGGCCCCUUUGUCUGGUCCCAUGAACCCUUCCCUUUAGUUCAAAUCAUUGUCUUCUCCCACUUUAUCCCUGUGACAGCCUCCUCCCUGAUCUCUUCCCCAUACCGCAUCCCUCCAUCUCUGUUCUGUGUACUACAGCUGGGAUGAACUUUUGUUGUUGUUUGCAGCUUGACAACUAUUAUUUACAUAGCAUACCCCUUCACUCCUUUAAAGUAUACACUUUGAGGUCACUUGGCUAUCUCAGUUGAAGGAGCAUGCGACUCUUGAUCUUUGGGUUGUAAGUUCAGGCCCCACGUUGGGUGUAGAGAUUACUUAAAAAGUUCUAGGAAAAAAAUAAAGUAUACACUUCAGUGGCUUUUAGUAUAUUCGAGUUGUGCAGCCAUCACCAUAGUCAGUUUUAGAACAUUUUCAUCACCAAAAACAAACCCUAUAUCCAUUAGCAAUCAUUCCCCAGUUCCUCUCCCCUCCUGGCAACCUCUGCUUUUGGUUUCUAUGGAUUUGCCUAUUCUGAACGCUCAUGUAAAUGGAGUCAUACACUUUGUGGCGUUUGUGCUUGGUUUCUUUCACUAAACAUAUUUUUGAGGAUCAUCUGUGUUGUAGCCUGUAUUAGUACUUCUUUUUGUUAAUGAAUAAUAUUCCAUUGUAUGAAUACAAUACAUUUUAUUCAUUCAUCAGUUGAUGGACAUUUGGGUUGUUUCCACUUUUGGCUGAUGUGAAUUAUGCUGCUAUGGAACAUUUAUGUACAAGUAUUUGUGUGGUUAUGUUUUCAUUACUCUUGGGUUAUAUAACUAGGGUGGAAUUGCUGGGUCAUACAGUCUGUCUUAACCCUCUGAAGAACUGCCAGACUAUUCUCCCAAAUGGCUGCAUCAUUUUCCAUUUUCCCCAUUAGUGUAUGAGGGCUCUAGUUUAUUCACAAUCCUUGACAACCUUUGUUAUUUCACACCGUGAAUUGGUAUCUCACUGUGAUUUUGAUUUGCAUUUCCCUGAUGUCUAAUGAUGUUGGGCAUCUUUUCUUGUGCUUCAGAAUGAACUUUCUUAAAGUUUUUCUGUUAUUUUUCUGCGUAAAACCUUUCCAAAGCUUCACUAUUGUCCUUGGAAUAAAUGCCAAACUCCAAUGAUAGUUCACAAGACUUGUCAGAAUUUAACUUUUGGUAUCUUUGGCCAGUUCUCCCCACCUUCCCUGCCCUGUGCCCACUAGCUCCUUGGACCCAUCUUGAUCUCACCAGUCUUUCAAAAUCUGCUCAGUGCUUUUCUUCCCUAGCAGUGGCACACUCCCCUGGCUCUUUCUCCCUUCUACUUAAGCUUUGCCUUCUCUUUUCCCUCAUCCUCAAGGACUUAAAGACCCCUCCAGGUGGCUGCCUCCAACUUCCAGAGCCAGGUUAUGGGCCCCUGCUAUGUAUCCCAGAGUACUGCCAUGAAUGAGACUCUGCUCAUUUUAGGGUUGGGCUAUACAGUCACACCUAAGAUAAAAAUGGGAGUGUAAUUAAAAUUCCACUUGGAAAUCCUGGGGAAGGUGCCAUGUUGAAAACCAGCAUCAUGGGUUCCUGCCUGUGUGGGACCAUAGUUUCUUUGGUUGAGUUACAGGUGAAGUGAUUGGCCUACAAUGAAGGCCAUAUUUUGUAAAAA